CCAGCGGUCAGGUAAGAGGUGAAAUGUCUCUUAUGCAACGCUGGACUAAACAGGAAACCCCUGCUGGAAAAACCCAGAGGAUUGCAGCAGCUCGUAUAAAAGCCCGGCGGCUCGGAGACACUCAGUCCAUUCCUGAAGAGUGUCUGGAGCUGGACAUCAUCAUGAACCUGUGGCUCAGAGGCCAUUUCCUGUUUGCGGUGCUGUUUGUGAGCAGCUCGGCUCUGACGGCUGAAGAAUGUGAGCCGCUGAUCCGUCCUCUGUCCAUGGCCGACCCCUCGCUGUUGCACGGCAGGACACACCUCCUGGUCGGCUACACCGAUAAUGACAUAUUUAAAGCCAUCCUGAAUCAUACUCACAGCUCCUGGCUGAAUAUCACAGCAGGAGAGGACGGUGGACUUGUUAUAACUGAGGCGAACAACAUGAAUGGAACCUGCAUCGGUUCAAAGACAAACCUGACCAUCGAAGACGACAUGGCCAGAGGACUCUUCGCUGACAUACAGACAGGGUUCCAUAUCCUGCCUACCUGUGAAGGCUGCCUGGUCUUCAGCGUCAACAGCACCGCCGACGACAUCAAGAAAAUCCUGGAAGUCUUUAGGGUUGAAAAUCCAUCUGACUCUCAUGAGUUCAAGGCUCGCUCGGUUUAUCUUCUAGGUAACAAGACGACUGUAAAGGACUCCGAUAUGGAAUAUUUCAAGAAGCAGGCGAGCUGCCUGGGCUUCCACGGAGAACCAGACUGGACCUACAAUCCUGACAAAGAGUUCUGUAAGGAAGGCGAAACUGUCCUUCAUCUAAACUAACAGAAGGGAAAAUGCACCGGAAGCAGAAACAGACGAAACCGAGGAUGUCAGAGAUAACAAGAACCAAUAAACAUGUGUGGUCUGUGUUUUUUGUAAUGAAAUAAACUACUUUAACAUAGA